AUGGCAAUUGCCAAGGCUUCGAUUGUUCCUCUAAUGGCGGCGAUAUUCUCCGUUUUCGCCUUCUCCAUCGCUUCUGCUCAGUCCAUUGAGUCUCCGGCGCCUAGUCCAACUUCUGGAUGCGGUGCGAUCUUGCCGUCGUUCGUUUCAGCUGGUGUUGCAGCCGGUGCUGCUCUUUUUUUCGGCUCUGCGUUUAGUUUCUAA